AUGCGCAGUGAGUCGAUGCCUACAUCGCCCAUCGCCUCGGCGGCGAUUGUCGUAUUGACCCUUGUGGUGUUGGGUAUGGGUCUCAUGCCAUUUUUGGCCGUGAUUGCUCUCACUUGUCUUCUUCUGUGCCAUCCCAUGGUGCGCAUCUUUUUGGAAUUCGCAUUGCCGUCGCAUUUCCAGGCGGAUGACAGUGCUUUGCGUGACAAAUCUGCCGCAGACGGACUGCGCGGCUAUGCAUCUACGUUUGCGACGCGAUCAAGCGAGAACCAUGUGCGUGUGCCGGCCAAGGAGCGUAUGACUUUGUCAACUCUUCCGCCUCCAUUGCAAGGCGAGCUGCGGCACAUCCUCACGCUUGUUCGCCGCGACUUUAUCCAGUACUGGUACGAUCCGAUCACGUUUGGGAACCCCGAGUUCCCGAGCGAAGCGAUUGCUAGCGCGGAGCAUCUGCUGGCGCAAGUCGCGCUUCGUCUCGAGCAGUACAGCCGCGUGACCAUUGCUACGGAGCUCUCCCUCACAGCUCUCUCUGUGCUUGUUACGGCGCUCCAGAAUCAGAAAGGGCAAAAAGAUGGCACUUCUUCCGAAGGCCUAUGGCCCAGUCCUGAAGCCCGCAUCGCAAGCCUGCGUACGUCCAUCACCACUCUGUUCCUUCAAAGUCUGCCGUCUGAAGACCGAACAUCGCCGAUGCUGGUGCACCUGCUUUCAGAAAUUAUGGCGAAGCAGGCAUGGGAGACAGUGCAGUCCUGGAGUGAUCCAGAUGUAAUCAACGGCUACAUCGUGACGUACGGUACGCGCACGCUGCCUACCGCUGCGGAGCCCAGCGUGGCCAAUGGCUCUGGGCCCACGCCCAAGGAAACGGCCCUGCCUUCGACCUCUACUGUGGCUACGCCCACCAUGAGUGCCAAUGUAGAGGACUUGCUGUCCGAUUUGGAUGGCACGUCAAAGUCACCCGCUUCCGAUGCCCGUGGACCACCCCCUGAUCUUCUUGGCGAUAUGGACGAAAAGAUCGAUGUGCCCACAUUGUCCACCUCCGCCCCGGCUCCUACCUCGCCAUCUGCGGGGAUCGAGACAACUACGAUGCCUUCAUCCCUGCCACACGAUGUGGAAGAUAUCCUUAAUGUGCUUCGCGAUCCUGACUCUUCGCGCCACCUCGCCGACUCUGUCGAGUCCUUGGAGGCCGAUAGUACACCUACACAGCAGGCCAAGGCCGAGGAUAUCGUGCCUACCAAGACUGAGAGGGCGGACGACAACCCACAGGCACUUCCAAUGAACAUUCCUACGCCCAUCCAGGAACCUGCAUUGCCUCGCUCGCUCGAACAAAGUCGCGUGCCGCCCGAAAAGCAGGCGUACAAGGUACGCUUGCCUCGGAAUGUUCAGGAUGUAUUGAUGCAACGCGACUCAGACGUGUACGAUCAGUGGUAUACGUACCUUACGGGGGAAGAACAUGGCGCACAACCCAGGGAAGGAGCGGUCCUUUUGCAAUUGCAUGCCAAUUUGGUCGCACUCGACUCGUCCAUGUCACAUGCUUCAAGCACCUGGGAUUUGUACACAAGCGAUGUGCAUGCUGUCUUGCAGACGACCAAGACGAUGCUACCGUCCGGCCCACCCACGCAGCCUCUUUUGGACGCCAUGUCAAGUAUCUUAGACAAGGACAAGGUCACCACGGACGAUAUGGCUCCCUUACGUCGCUCGUUAACUCAACGUUUGCAGCAAUUGUACAACGCGUACCUAGCCUCGCUCAAGGACACGGCCAAGCCAUCACAACCUGCCUCCUCUGUUACAGCCACGUCGUCCCCGUAUGAGCCACGCCGAAGUGCUCAGCGUGCAGCAGUGGUAGAGGCUCCUCGAACCAUCACAGUGGUCGACGUGAGCCCCAAUGCUGAGCAUGACCGACCUGUGGAUACCACGACACUUCAAUUCCUCAUUACGAUGGAAUCAUCAAGAGAAGAUGGUAUGGGUGGUUAUGCCGUUCUUCGUACGUGGGCGCAACUGGAAACGCUGCAGUCCGAGUUGGAGCGUAUGUACGAAAAACGUCCGCCUGGUUCUGGUAUGAGUGCACCGCCUCAUUUGCCGGCUGUGAAACAAAUGGCUAGCCCAGCGGUAUGCCAAGCCAUUCAGGUGUACUUGCAAACGCUCUUCCUACCGAGUGACGAUGGCAUGACCUGGUUUAGCUCAACACAAGCUGUCCAGCGGUUCCUCGAUAAAAAGCGGAUUGGUGACGAGGAUGCUAAGCGCAACAAUGUACUUAUGUCGAAUUUGAGCCGUACGCUCACGAGCAGCAUUGUAGGCGCCGCAGACAUUGGUCGGAAAGGGGUGGGUCAUAUUGCUGCGACGCCCUCUCGCGCCAGUCGUAUCUUUGGAUUGCGUCCUGAUUUGAGUGAGACACGCCGCCCCUCCGCGGACCGGGUUGUGCGUAACGGCCAGAGCAGUGAGAAGCCAAGUGUGCCUGUGGUUCCCGCGCCCGCGCCCGCGCCCGCGCCCCCGCCCCCGCCACGUUCUCAGGAAGCCCCGGCAGUACCGCCCAGGUCUCAGUCCAAGUCGAGUGUGGAUCGUGCAGAGCCUACGACUGGCACCUCCUCUACCUUGCCUUCCCUACCCGAUGCGGAGCCGACAGCUGAGAAAGCACCAACGCCGGAAACGACCACGCGCGCCCCUUCUAAGCCGUCUACUGACCAGGAAGACCUUCCUUCCCCCCAAGAUGUCAAUGCACUUCUUACGGCCGUCUUUGCCGUGACGCGAGAAGCGCUGAAUAUGAACGAGGCAUGGACGUUGCGACGCGGUAUGCUACGUGUGUUGGAGCAGUUUCUGCGUACUACAUACAUCGGAACUGCAUCCAAUUUGUUGUCCUACUUCUCUAGUAUGCUCUCGCUGCAGUCCCAAGUGUCUUGGCUCGAAUUGAUUCGUACAUCCUUGUGGCCGGAAGACGUAUGGAACACGGAGACUGCUCCGCCUCGUACACCCACUGAGGCACGGGCGCGUGCAGACGAGGCCCGCAAGAUUGUGCUAAGCUACGUUCCACCGCAAGCCGCCUAUGCGCUGGGUCUAGGCGGGAAGCAAGCCGUGGCGGAUGCUUUCACGACGGUUCAUUCCCUGGUCACGGAUCCUGUGGUCGCACUCGAUCUCCACUUGGCCCUGAUCUUGCGCGUGCUGGACUUGGCGAUGGGCACAGCAUCGGGCGAUCGGGCUCCAGCUGGUGCCCCCCCCUCAUAA